UUUGAACAUUUUCUCAGCAGCACAAAAGUUGAAACCAAAACCCCAUAGUCGAAAACAAGGGGUUUUACCGCCUUCGUCUCUCUCACUCUCUCCUUGCUCUCAACUGUUUAGGGCUUCGCAAUUUUGCACUUUCUCUCUCCUCUUCAUUUGCUGCAACCUUCUGCUCUGAGAAUUAAGAACACAAUCGACGAGAAUGAUGUUAUCUGGUGAUAUACCUCCUAAUCAAUCUAUCUAUAUUAAAAACCUCAAUGAGAAGGUCAAGAAAGAAGAAUUGAAACGGUCGCUUUACUGCUUAUUCUCUCAGUUUGGGAGGAUCCUAGAUGUUGUAGCUUUGAAGACGCCGAAACUUAGAGGUCAAGCUUGGAUUUGUUUUAGCGAAAUUACAGCGGCAAGUAAUGCUGUUCGGCAGAUGCAGAACUUUCCUUUCUAUGAUAAACCCAUUCGGAUACAAUAUGCAAAAGCCAAGUCGGACUGUAUUGCUAAAGCAGAGGGAACUUAUGUUCCUAAGGAAAAGAAGAAGAAACAAGAGGAGAAAGCUGAUAGGAAGCGCCGAGCAGAUGAUGCUCAUCAAACCGGUGCUGCUGCUAAUGGUACAGGUUCUCAAACCAAUGGCGGCCCAUCUGCUGCGCAUCGCAGGACUGGUGCACAGGAAGCAGCUGCAUCUCCGAACAGUAUUUUGUUUGUGGAGAACUUGCCCCAUGAAACAACAAGCAUAAUGCUACAAAUGCUCUUCCAACAGUACCCAGGUUUCAGGGAAGUGCGGAUGAUUGAAGCGAAACCAGGCAUUGCAUUUGUGGAGUUUGAUAAUGAGGAUGUAGCUACUAUAGCAAUGCAGGCGCUUCAGGGCUUCAAAGUUACACCACAGAAUCCCAUGGAAAUCACUUAUGCUAAGAAAUGAUUUGUAUCAUGCAACCUUUUGUUUGGAAUGUCUUAUUUUCAUUGAAAGCCUUGUAGUUCUAUUGUAGGGGAGCAACUGAGAAAAAUGUCAAAUUUUGUUCGAAAAUGUCCUACAUUAACUCACUGUACAUCAGAUGAAAUCAUGUAACCUGUUAUGAGAAUGUCUGAUUUUCAAAGGCAUCUGUUGUUUUAUACUACUAGUUCGUAUCAGUGAGAAACAUGUUUCAGUUUGUCCAA